ACACCAACUCGUGGCAUAAAAACACCAAGAAAUUUCUCAAAGACUCCCCACAUGAUCACAUUCUUGCAUCCUCACUCCCUUUCUGAAUUUCUGUCUCUUCCUCCGCAGCCAAAAAUUCCAACCUCUCUCUCUCUCUCUCUCUCUCUCUCUCUCUCCCUCCCUCCCUCCCUCCAUUUUUCUCUUCUGCAACAAGGUUUUGCUGGAGAAACAAGAUAAAAGACUCAUUCUUCUCUUCCGGGUGACUACGUUCGCUGAGGUUUAUAAUUUUUUGUUCAACCACUUGGGGAAGUUGGAAGAAGAAAAAAGUGAAAGAAAAUAAUCAGAAAGUCGCAGUCUUCGUGUACAAAGUGGUGACUGGUGACUGUACCGUUCGCUACGCAAUUUCUGACGCUCCUGAUACCACCCAUUCUCUUCUUCUCCUCCAUUUCUCGGUUCCUUAGCUUUCAUUUUUCUACUAACUGACAGAAAAAUGGCGGAAAAUCCAAAGUUGGAUUCGGGUUCUCAGGAGGUUUACGGAUUAGAAGAGAAAAUGAGCACCCAGAAAAUAUCCGUUUCAGAUCAUAUAAACGGGUUUCACUACACCGCCGAUAAAUCUGACAGCUUCGUCAUCGACAUGGAAAGCUUCUCCCAUGGCGGCACCGAUAAAGAUGUCACUGCAAAUUCUAGAGUCUCGAGAAAUGUCUCCCGGAAAUGGUCUCAGAGAGGUGGGGAGAAGAAGAUAAUCCGAAACGUCAAUUCAAUGACAAAGAAGUUUCAUCUACGACAUCUUCACCCCUCGGCUCUAGCACGCCUGAAAAGUCCCCACUAGCUGUUGGGACCAUAGAUCAAUCGAGCAACCCACACGUUCAUCAUCAGAUCACAGUCACUGCCGCCAACAUUGGCACCACCACCGAAGGGAGGUGCGUUGUUCGGAGGAAUAGUUUCCGGCGCUCUUCCUCCUGGGGCAUUGAUCCCAAGAGGGUUCUCUUCUUCUUUGCCACCAUGUCAAGCAUUGGAACAAUCUUACUCAUAUACUUCACCCUUUCUAUUGCCAAGUACAAUGCAGAUGAAACCAGUAUUGACUGGCAGCAAUGACAGAAGUUGUACACUUUCUAGUUGAAUUUAAGACGCGAAACGAUCCAUAACGGAAAGGUGGCUCGUCGGAAAAAGCGGCUUCUUUCGACGAGAGAUACGGUUUUUCGGAUCGAGAAAAGCUAACAACAUUCCAUCAGCAUGUCUUGGUACAGAAAUCCAAAACUCCUUUUUGAGGCACUUUACAAAGUUUUAGAACUGAAGACAAAGACAUAAUGCAUCGUGACAAGGAGGAGUCUUUCUUUUUCUUUUUUUUUUUUUUUUUAUGUAGAUGGGUGAGAUCGAAACACAUGAUCUGUUUUGUUUUGUAAAAUACUUCUUUUCUCUACAUAGAUUAGUAGGAGAAUGUGAAUCGCCUUGGAGAACAAUUAUUGAAGAUAUCAAAUCGCUUUCUUUUUUCUUCGAUUA